AUGGGGACGCCCCGCGGCUUGCUGCACGGCAAGCCCGGUGACCGUCGCGGCGGCAUGGCCGCCGCGUCCGUGGCGGCCGCGGCGGCAGCGGCGGCUGUCGCGGCGGCGCCUCAGUCCUGGGCGUCCUGGGCUGUCGCGCGCCCCGCGCGCCUGGCCAGCGCGCUGGCGGUGGUGGCGCUCCUGCUCUUCGCCGCCGCCAUUCACAGCGCCACACCAGGGCCAGCGGCGAGCGGGGGCGGCGGCGCGUACUCAGACGCCGCCGAGCAGCGCGCGCAGCGGAUCACGGACCGCCUAUCGGCGCCAAUGUCCGCGGACGGCCCGACGUGCCCGGUCUCGUACGAGCGCCAUUCUUGGCGCCAGAUUGCGGACGGCGCUGUGGUGCCUUGGCUGUUCGAUGGCGCGUACCGCAAUAGUGAAGCCGGGCCCGGCGGGCGCCCCUGCGUCAACUGCAAGCGGGGCAGCCUUUGGCCCACUUGGUGCGGCCGGCGCAAGACAGGCAUCGUCAAUGGCUGGGACCUCGCGCAGUGCUCCCCAGACCAGAUCACGAGGAUAAUCGACGAGGUUGGAAGGCACAAGGACGUCAGGGAGGCGCUGAGGAUGACGCCGUGUGACCUGUUCCAGCACUUGCGGGGCCGAACACUCUGGAUUAUCGGGGACUCCCAGAGCAAGGCCAUCAGCCGGGCCGUCAGGUGCUUUCUCAUAGAGCUCUGGCCAGACCUUCUGGAGUACACCAUUACUAACAACUACACCGCAAUGACGUCGCUCGGCCGCCUGCCGCACUCGAGCACCGAGCGGGGUGGGCCGAGCUGCGCGCACCUGGCGCACGGCGCGCGCGUCUGUACGAUCACGGCGGUCAAAGGACACCUGCUGGUCAACGCCAGCAGGACGUCCGUGCCCGUGCUGCCGCUGCUGCACAAGCACCUGGCUCUGAAGGAGGACAUCUUCCUGAUCAACAACGGCCUGUGGCACUCCGACUCUGACAAAGAGGGGUACCGGCAACAUUUGGAAGAGCUGGGACAUUACUAUGCGGCCACAAAGAAGUGGUUUCCCAACAUGUUCUUUAUGGAAACCCCCAAGCAGCCAAAUGUUACAUACCUGCCAGACGGUACCCUGGAGGCCGUGCCUGGCGACGAAGCGGCUGAGGAGGUGGUCAGCGGAACAUGGCGCAACCGCGCGGUGCGGGAGGUGCUGCGCGACCGCUUUGGGAUGCGGCUGGUGGCGACGUACAACGCUUCAGUGCACUUCUGGAACGUCCACAGCCACAACGUGUUCGGGCUCGAGUGCAGCCACUUCUGCUAUCCUGGAGUGCAGCACGUCUGGCUCUACCCCCUUCACAAAACCCUGAAGGCCGCCGGCAUCACGCGGCCGCCCCCGCAGUACGUCGCGCCCCCCGGCGCGCAGCUCGCGCCCGAGCAGCUGCCGGAGGCGCGGCAGCGGCGGGGGUGCGCUGAGGUGUACGAGGCGCUGGGGCAGGAGCGGCUCGGGCGGCCCAAAGCAGUGGCCGACGUGCUGAGGGAGGAGGACGCGGAGAGGCUUACGCAGCUCAAGGAGCGGCACGGGGUGCUGUGGCGGCUCUGGUGGUGGAGGCAGCAGCAGGCCUGA